AUGGCACAACCGAAUCGCGAGGAGCGUGGCAAGCUUUAUCGAGGAAAUUGGGAUGCAUUGAAUUUCGACCGACGUGCCCCCGAAUUCUUCUGGGAGAUUUUCUGCGCUCAAUGCGACAAAGCAAUUACAAGAGAUUACAUUAUUGAGGUGGUCACUCAAACAGGUGGAUUGACGUACGAGGAAGCCGACGCGUUGUGCAAAGCGGCAAACAGUAACAGUCAGCUGGCAUCGAUUCAUUCGCCAGUCGAGGACCAAUUUAUCAUCGACAUCUCAGCAAUGGCCACUACAACCUCGCAAUACCAGACGCUUCUCGGGGGGAAACGAGUGGAAAACGGUUGGCAAUGGUCUGAUGGCACAGCCUUCGACUAUACAAACUUUGCCGCCGAUGGGAACACGGGAAGGCAAUGUGUUCAAUCGCCGAAGAAUCCAGCGACGAAGCCGGCCGAGUGCUCGCUGGGCUGGUACUACGAUAGACGCUUCAACAGCUGCUACAAGGUGGUGACCCCAAAUAGCAGUAUUCUGGACUUCAACAGUGCAAACGAGGUCUGCCAGAACGCCAGCGCACAGCUAGCAUCGAUACACUCGGCAGAGGAGAAUGAGCUGAUUGUUGCUCUCGCCAGCGAUCUUUCCCUUACGGUAUCGGUCAUUAGCUACCAAACUUUGCUUGGAGCACGACGAGUCGACAAUACCUGGACAUGGACUGAUGGGACUCCGUUCGACUACAAUAACAUUCUCGCCGAUGCCGAUUAUAAUUAUAUACCGUGCCUUCAACUCUGGGCGACGAACACAACGGUCAUUUGCUUCACCCAUUACAGCGCUCUAAACACAUUAUUG